UGCCCGGGGCUGUCAGUCGGCCGCCGCGCGGGGUCCGGCCAUAUGCUAUAAAGGCGGCGAGGGCUCAGCCGGCUCUAGACCCGCGGAGCCGCGAUCGUCGCGCAGCGUCUCCGCCAGGCCCGCCCCGCGCAGCGCCAUGAGCCAGCUCCGCUCCAAUGAGUCCCCAGCCCCCAGCCAGGCUCCCGGCAGCGAGGAGAAAGCCAAAGCCGGGAACGCCAAGAAGGUGGAGGAGGAGGAGGAGGAGAUAGACAUCGAUCUGAACGCUCCCGAGACUGAGAAGGCCGCGCUUGCCAUCCAGGGCAAGUUCCGCCGCUUCCAGAAACGGAAAAAGGACCCCAGCCCCUGAGCAGCUCUCCUGCCCCGUCCCCACAGUCCCCCAUCCCCCCUCUGCCAGCACAGCCCCGUGUUUGCUCGCUCCUGCCCAGCCCCGUGUGGGCUGUUGGUAUUUUGCACGUUCUAUGUACCUGGUUUCAGGGGACGAGGGGCUCCCCAGACCCAGCUGCACCCACAUGCCAAGCUCUUGCCUGGGAAAGCAGGGCAUCCUCUUAUAGCCAUGAUGUCGGCACAGCAGGAUCCUGGUGCCAUCCUCACAAAGCCAUGAAGGGGCCCUAGGAUGGACAGUGCCUCUUGGGGGCCUCAGGCCGGAGGCCAGCGUGGGGGCAGCCCUGGGAGAGUCCUGGGCUGGAAUUCAGCACCAGUCAGACAUAACUGCCCAUCAGCCCAGGCCAAUCCGGCUCCCGGCAUGAGGGGGUCUGCUCUUGAGCACCCACCACCCUAAGCGGCUUCCCAUCAACCCCGGCCCAUUCCCCAGGGACCCUGACCGGGACAGUCAGAGGCCCAGGGCCCGAUUGGGGGCAGGGCUGCAGAGCCGAGGAGAGGGUCAGGAAGGGGUCCAGAGCCAGGCAGGGGGAGGAGAAGGGCCCUAAAGCCAGAUGGGGCGGGUAUCAGAGCCAAGUGGGGAGAGUGGGCCCAGGACCAUGAGGGGCAGGCAAGGCUCGUGGGGGAACAGGGCCUAUGGCCAGGCCAGGAGGGGGAAGGGCCCUAGGCUGGGGGGGGGUGCUGCAGGGUGCCCCCAAUCCCAUAAGACUAGGCCUGACUUGCAGCUAAACAGGUCAGGCCCCACCAAAUUUCCGGGGUCCCUCUGGGGUCAGGCAGGGGAGGGGGUCUGGGGCCAGGAUUGGGGAGAGGGACAAGGUCAUCUUUCCCUCCAGGAUUUUCUUAGGCAGCAUGGGGGCCGGAGGCAGCUAGUGACCCCUCCCCUGGGCUGGUGUUGCCUGGGGCCAUGGACAGAGGUGGGGGGGGGGAGGAGGGAAUAUCCAGGCCCUGUGGGGGAGCAGGAGCCAGGGUUUGAUCUGUUCCGGCCGGGUGGGGAGCUCCUGUUCUGAGCCCCACGUAGCGAGCACAGGGUGUGUUGAUGCCCGGCUCCCUGGAGAACCCUCUCUCGAUGCGAACAAUGGGGACUGCCCCCCACCCCAACUGGGAACAAUGGAAACCCCUCCCCCACUAUAAACAAGGGGGACUCCCCCCACCCCGACUGGGAACAGUGGAGACCCCCAUCCCCCACUGCGAACAAUGGCGACCCCCUGUCCCCCAGUGAGAACAAUGGGAAACCCCCACCCCCCACUGGGAACAAUGGGGACUCCCUUCCCCUCCCCCACUGGGAACAAUGGAGACCCCUCCUCUCCUACUGCGAACAAUGGGGACUCCCCCCUGACUAGGAACAAUGGAGACCCCUCUCCCCCAUUGAGAACAAUGGGGACUCCCCGCCCUGGACUGGGAAGAAUGCAGCCCCCUGCCCCCACUGCGAACAAUGGGGACCCCUCCUCCCCCACUGCAAACAGUGGGGACUCCCACCUUGAGCGCAGUGGGUGUGGCUGGGUGCCCAGGUGUGGGGAGGGAGGGAUUGGGGAGAGGCCGCAAGCGGGGCACAGCUGUGAGCAAGAAGAGGUAGCAGAAGGUGGCUGGGAUUGACGCGAGAUGAGGGCUGGGUAGGGAGAAAGGAACGAGUGAGCCAGAGCCGGAGGGGGUGGCAUUCCCCAGGGGGGAUAGCAGAGGGGAACUCCAGGCACUGGGAGCCCAUGGUGCGCCCCCCCACCCCCCCCAAAAAAAAAAUUAAGAGAGGCACCAAGUCCCUCCCAGCCUAGGCAGGAACCCUAGGGGCUCCCCUCUCUCCCUUCCAGGGCCCCAGUCCAUGCAGCAUCUCAGCCGCUUGUCCCCCUCCACCCAUGCCCUUCUCAAGCCUUGGGCUGACACCGUCCCUCCGCUGUGCCCCCUGCUGCUGGCACAGCCACCCCAGCCCUCAGCGUUCCCCAGCAUUGAAUUCAACCCGUCUCCACCCCAGCCCGCCGGGAGCUGCAGCCCGAGCACCAGGGAGCGCCGUGCAGCUGUGAGCGAUCGGAGGGGCCAGGCCGCACCGUGCCCCGGCCACAGCGCUGGGGGGAGAGCUCCUGCCUGGGGAGACGAUGUGGCCCGCAGUGCGGACACAGCUGCUGCGAGGACUGGCUCUUUUAGCAUGUUUACGUAAUAAAACGUCUGGGAACAGUG